AUGCUGCCAGUACUGCCAUUGAGACAAUUACACUUAAUACUUCGAACACCCUUCCUGAACUCAGUCCGUUGCAUAAUGUCCUCCAAGUAUGAUCCGCCAGUGAAUAGAGACAUGAAGACGUUAGAUAGAUCUUUCUUCGCGAAGCAAAUCCCACUCUGUGUAGUAAAGUUUCCCGAGCCCAAGAACAUCAGUGUCUUCUCCAAGCAGUUUAAGGAUUACAUUUUGAGAGUACCACGUAUUCCUCACGUUAUCAAAUUAAAUGCACCACCUGUUGGCGAGAAGACCCUGGCUUGUGAUAAUGGUAUUGUUAUAAAGGGUGUCCUCCUCACGGAUGAAAUCUCCUCACCUUCCCAAAUCAAAGAAAAAUUGUCACCUGAGGCUUUACGAUUCCUUGACGAUGCUCAUGCGGAGGUGUUGCCCUACAUUUAUACAUUAGACUAUAAUUAUUGGAAGGCUGAAGAUAUUUUGAAAGCUGUCCUACCAGAGGAUCAUUUGGAAGAGAUUCCUACUGGGUUUACUAUAACGGGACACAUUGCUCAUUUGAAUUUACGUAGUGAAUUCAAACCGUAUGAUUCAUUGAUUGGGCAAGUGAUUCUAGAUAAGAAUAAUAAGAUUGACUGUGUGGUGGAUAAAGUUAGUUCCAUUGCCACCCAAUUCAGAACUUUCCCCAUGAAGGUGAUUGCAGGUAAGUGUGACAAUUUAAUUGUGGAACAAAAGGAAUCGAAUUGUACUUUUAAGUUUGAUUUUAGUAAAGUUUAUUGGAAUUCAAGAUUGCAUACUGAACAUGAUCGUCUUGUUAGUCAAUAUUUCAAGCCGGGCCAAGUUGUGUGUGAUGUAUUUGCUGGGGUGGGACCCUUCGCAGUUCCUGCUGGGAAGAAAGAUGUGGUGGUGUUGGCUAACGAUUUGAAUCCUGAAAGUUUCAAGUAUUUAAAGGAAAAUAUUGCUUUGAAUAAAGUGGAGUCUACGGUGAAACCAUUCAACUUGGAUGGUGCUGAGUUUAUUCGUCGUUCUCCCGAAUUACUACAGGAAUGGAUUCAAAAGGAGGAGAAUGGGACAAUUAAAGUCACUAUUAAACAAACUAGGAAAAGACAUAAGAAGAAUGAAGUGAAGACAAAUGAAUUACCAGUAACCAGGGAAAGGGAACAACCUAAGAUUAAAGAAAUUGUCAUACCAAAUGAGAUAAGUCAUUUUGUAAUGAAUCUACCGGACAGUGCCAUUGAUUUCCUGGGCAACUUUGUCGGUUUAUAUUCGAACAUGGCAUCUCAGUCAAUCUCUCAGAUGCCAUGGGUUCAUGUCCAUUGCUUUGAGAAGUACGGCAAUGACGAGGAGUUGAGCAUGGACGAACUACACGAAAGAGUAUAUAGAAGGAUACUGUCCUCCCUGGGGUCAACCCCGGAAGUGCUUCCGCUCGAUGGAUUGUCUUUCCACCUGGUACGUAAAGUGUCACCCACGAAGCCCAUGUUCUGUGUGAGUUUUCAACUGCCAGCCAGCAUUGCGUAUGCUGCUGGCCCUGUAUAG